AUGGCGCCCGAAAGAAAACCGCCAAUUGUGCUUCCACCCACAACCCCACCAAGCGAUGUUUCUAAGUCCGCGGCCUUCAUCUUCAUCCACGGUCUGGGUGACGAAGCAGAAGGACUGGAAAGCGUUGCUCGCCAAUUCCAAUCCGCGAACAAAUUGCCACACAUGUCUUGGACUAUGCCCAACGCUUUAGAGAACCAUGACCUAGCUACUACAGCCUGGUAUCUACCCACACGCCUCUCUCCUUAUCCACCAUCGCGACCUGAGCUCGAAGACGACGAAGACGAAGAGGGUAUGAUGGCUACCGUGUCCUACGUCACAACACUGAUCGAUGAUCUGGUCGGUCAGGGCGUUCCAACGGAAAGGAUCGUCUUGGGAGGAUUCUCGCAGGGCCAUGCUAUGGCACUUUUGACUGGGUUGGUAUCAAAGUAUGCCGGGAAGCUGGGAGGACUUGUCGGACUAUCUGGAUACCUUCCUCUGGCGGAUCAAAUUCCCAGGCUGAGGGAACAAGCUGGGUUACCAAAGGAGAUUGGUGCCGAAGCGGUCGCAUCGUAUAUGUUAUGA